UUGUCAGUUCUUUUUUGACGUUUCAGAAAACACAAAACACUCUGCGUCAUACUGUGCAAAGGUGAAAAUUCAUCUGUUUCGAUCAAUAUUAGCUGCCUAGGCAUUCAACCCGUUCCACAAUCAAGUAUUUCGUGCGUUCGUGCGCUCAUCAAUCAAUCAGAAGAAACGAGUGAAAAUGGCUGCUAUAAUAAGCCAAGCCAUGCCAGAUACGGUGGACGGGGCAGAAAUGCCUAAAUCUAAACGACCUUCAGAUUCAGCAUUUAAACAACAACGACUUCCGGCCUGGCAACCCGUCCUUACCGCGGGGACGGUACUUCCGGCCUUUUUCCUGAUCGGGGUUCUUUUCAUUCCAAUCGGUGUACUGCUGUGGCUGUCAUCCAAUUCAAUCAAUGAGUUCGUGUACGAUUACACGCACUGCAAACCGGACACUGGCAAUCAGAGUUGUGCGGAAAUUAUCAGCAACAGCCCAGGUUCAAGCUGCGCCUGCACCAUUAACUUCGAACUGGAAAAGGACUUCCUGGACAAGGUGUACCUGUACUACGGGUUGACGAACUAUUACCAGAACCAUCGGCGCUACGUGAAGUCGCGCGAUGACGACCAACUGCUCGGCCGUCUCUCAUCGAUUCCAUCGAGCGACUGUGCGCCAUUCGCGUACGCGGAUGAUGAUGAGCGUGUUCCGAUAGCUCCCUGUGGUGCUAUCGCCAACUCACUGUUUAGCGACAAGUUUGUACUAUUCUCGCAGACGCUCGGUACACCGGUACCGCUGCUGCAGACAGAAAUUGCGUGGCCCUCGGACCGGCAGAUUAAAUUUCGCAAUCCCGAAGGCGAUCUGAAGGAAGCUCUGCGCGGUUUCAGCCGUCCGAAGGCUUGGACACGCGAACUGUGGGAGCUGGACGAAACGAACAAGGAUAACAAUGGGUUCCAGAACGAGGAUCUUAUCGUGUGGAUGCGCACGGCUGCAUUGCCCACGUUUAGGAAGCUUCACAGACGGAUCGAUCACUCGCAGGAACACUUCAAGGAGGGACUGCUGAGGGGCAACUAUACGCUAACCGUCAAGUACUCAUACUCGGUGAUUGAAUUUGACGGAACAAAGAAAUUUAUCCUGUCCACUACUUCGAUUCUUGGUGGCAAGAAUCCGUUCCUUGGCAUUGCCUACAUUGUCGUGGGAGGCGUUUGUCUGUUGCUCGGACUCGUGCUGCUCAUAAUUCAUCUGAAGUGCAGCAAAUCCAACGGCGGAAUCAGCAGCGUCCAUCAACGGUCUUCAUCGCGCCCAUAGGAGUUACUGUGUUUGACCGGUGAAGUUAGUGAUUCGUUGGGACUUUAAGUAUUAAUUGAAAUUGUUGGAUUAUUUUUUUUCGUUUCCAAUAUUGCAUAUAUUAAUUGUUACGUUUAUGUACGGGGCAGGAGCGAAGGUGUGCUUAGUUAUGGCAGCAGUUGUUGUGGCAGCAGUUGAACUUUUGAUUCCAUCAGUAUCAAUUUUAAAAUUCUUUAGGGCGCGAAGUUACGAUUAAGAGAGUUUAGAUGGUUGUGUAGAUGGUCGAUUUAAUUUGGUAUUGCAUGGGUAGAACGGUAAACACCAGCUUGCCAAAUGUGUGUAUCCUCUUUUAAUCCGUUUUUUUUGGGGUGUGAAUUUCAGAAAAAAAAACAAAAUCAAUUGUAUCAACUUCUUCACAUACACGCAUCUAUCGGGCGGUCUUUUUUUCACGUCAAACAUAUUUAGACCGGAACCAUCGGGGACGACUGGGGACAGAAAUGCAUUUUUGUGUGUGUGUAUGUGUGUCUCCGAGCGUCACCAAACUAAUAGAAUAUUAUUAAGUGUCCUUACAGCACGUCGAUGUUACAUGAAAUGGAUGUAAAGAAAUUACGUUGAGAGUAAACAACAAAACGAACAAAAAUAUCAAGAGGAAUAGAUGCAUCAAGAUGUAAUGUGUAAUUGUUGAUCAUCAAAUGUAAACCAAAUAUGAGGAGAACGAUCCUACUUGCUAACAUAGAUUAGAAUUUGUUCCCACGAUAUGUGGAACCCGCUUUUGAAAACCAUACUAAGGAAGCAGCCUGUAACAAAGCAUAUAUGAAGCUUACGUUAUUUAAAAUAAAGAUACAUAUUAAGCUCGGAAUAAAA